ACUUGCGGCUUGGGGAAGUCACAGAAAGACAAGUUUCGUACAACCCCAGACCUUUUCUUUUGGUAGUCAACAAUUGGUCACAUUGCACAUUUCAAGGUUACAGAGGCCCACCGUACACAUGCGGGGCAGGAGCAGAUAAAUCUUGCUUGGGGCUAAACAAUAAAGCUACAGCGAGUGUUCCAGAAGUUGACCACAUCUGGAAGCAAGAAGACUCUGGAAGAAGCACCCUAGAGACUCCAGGAACCCCCUUCACUCCUGGGCUUUCGGGACUCUACAGCGUGGGGCCUCUUUCUCAGACAUCGAAAGGCCUCCUUUUCUGGACCACAGUGGAGCGAUGUGCAGGUCAUCGGCUAAGCUGGGCGGGUCGGGGAGGGCAGGGGGAGUACAGUUCCUUCGGAUCCCAGCAAAGGUAGACUAUCAAUGGCCAAGGGUUCAGAAGCAGGAAAAAAGGCCGUUUCUGGGGGGAUGGCUGGGGACACUCCCCUUCCCUUCUCUCUCCGAUUAAAUAUAAAAGCCGAUGAUGAUGAAGAUUGAAAAGAUGAGGAAAAUGGCAGCCGUGUCUCGGGUCUCCUCCCAGCGGAGGCCUUUCAUGGACCGAUACUCCUGCCGUUUGCGAAGGGCCUCCCGCCGGGCCCUCAGGCGCCGUUCCCGCUCCAGUUGUUCCCCGUAGUGGGCCUGGUAGAAGGCGUCAAAGUUGAACAUCGUGCGGUUGGCGCCGGGGGAGGCCCGAGAACCGUCGUGGGUCCGAGAGGUGGGCGGCGGGGUACGCGGCGAGCCGGGGUCGGGUGCGGGUGUCCUGGAGGGCCGGACGCCAGGUCCGCGCAGGUCCUCGUCGCUGAGUAGGCCGCGAUCAUACUUGCGACGGAGGGUGGCACUGCCCAGCACCACGUAGGCCUGGGAGAUGCGCGUGAAGCGCUCGGCGGCCUCCGCGCUCCCGGAGUUGCGGUCCGGGUGGUAGAGAAAGCACUGACGGUAGUAAGCCGCCUUGAUUUGGGCCUGCGUGGCUGUGGAGGGGACGCCGAGCAGAUCAUACAGCGCCGUGCGCGAAUACGAGCAGUCGCCCUGGGAAUAAGUCCUCGCUCCUAGGCCCAGGCUGGGUGCAGAAUUUUGUGGAAAGCCACCGGUCUGCAGCAACCUCCAAGGUAACAGCCGCUGCCACCAUCGCCAGCCCAUGGCUGCCAUGUUGAAUUGAUUCGGCAGGCGGUGCAAGAGAAACCGGCCAAUGAGAGGAGUCGGUUGGUCGCCCUGUGGCCAGUCACGUAAAGGGGGGGCGGGGCGGUCGUGGGGGUGAAGCAUGCGUAUUACUAAGCGGUCGCUGGGCUGAUGACAUAAAAACCGGGUGCCGGCAGACGCCAGUCGCAGAUGUGCUGCUGAGGCGUGAGAAUGGCGUCCCGCGGCCGGCGUCCGGAGCAUGGCGGACCUCCAGAGCUGUUUUAUGACGAGACAGAAGCCCGGAAAUACGUUCGCAACUCACGGAUGAUUGAUAUCCAGACCAGGAUGGCUGGGCGAGCAUUGGAGCUUCUUUAUCUGCCAGAGAAUAAGCCCUGUUACCUGCUGGAUAUUGGCUGUGGCACUGGGCUGAGUGGAAGUUAUCUGUCAGAUGAAGGGCACUAUUGGGUGGGCCUGGAUAUCAGCCCUGCCAUGCUGGAUGAGGCUGUGGACCGAGAGAUAGAGGGAGACCUGCUGCUGGGGGAUAUGGGCCAGGGCAUCCCAUUCAAGCCAGGCACAUUUGAUGGUUGCAUCAGCAUUUCUGCUGUGCAGUGGCUCUGUAAUGCUAACAAGAAGUCUGAAAACCCUGCCAAGCGCCUGUACUGCUUUUUUGCUUCUCUUUUUUCUGUUCUCGUCCGGGGAUCCCGAGCUGUCCUGCAGCUGUACCCUGAGAACUCAGAGCAGUUGGAGCUGAUCACAACCCAGGCCACAAAGGCAGGCUUCUCCGGUGGCAUGGUGGUAGACUACCCUAACAGUGCCAAAGCAAAGAAAUUCUACCUCUGCUUGUUUUCUGGGCCUUCGACCUUUAUACCAGAGGGGCUGAGUGAAAAUCAGGAUGAAGUUGAACCCAGGGAGUCUGUGUUCACCAAUGAGAGGUUCCCAUUAAGGAUGUCGAGGCGGGGAAUGGUGAGGAAGAGUCGGGCAUGGGUGCUGGAGAAGAAGGAGCGGCACAGGCGCCAGGGCAGGGAAGUCAGACCUGACACCCAGUACACCGGCCGCAAGCGCAAGCCCCGCUUCUAAGUCACCACGCGGUUCUGGAAAGGCACUUGCCUCUGCACUUUUCUAUAUUGUUCAGCUGACAAAGUAGUAUUUUAGAAAAGUUCUAAAGUUAUAAAAAUGUUUUCUGCAGUAAAAAAAAAGUUCUCUGGGCCGGGCGUGGUGGCUCACACCUGUAAUCCCAGCACCUUGGGAGGCUGAGGUGGGAGGAUCAUUUGAGGCCAGGAGUUUGAGACCUGCCUGGGUAACAUAAUGAAACUUCCUUUCCAGGGAGAAAAAAAAAAAAAAAAAAGCUCAGAGCAUCUUAUUUUGUUUAAAGGCAAGAAAUAAAAUUUCCUUUUGUGGA